AUGUUCCUUCGAAGUACCGGCCUCGCUGGAAGGCGUUUCAUGUCAGCCAUGGCUCAGUCCAUGACUCCAAUGGAAGAUGCUCUGCGGACAAAGAUUACAGAAGCUCUAAAGCCAACCUCACUCGAGAUUUUCAAUGAUUCACACAAGCAUGCGCAUCACAAAGCCAUGCAAGGAGUCACCAGUAGAGAGACACACUUCCGUGUUUUCAUCACAUCACCAGCCUUCCAAGGCAAGAUGCAACUCGCACGGCAUCGCAUGAUCAACUCCUUGAUGAAGGAAGAACUGGCCAAAGAAGGCGGUAUCCACGCACUGCAACUCAUUACCCGGACGCCUGAAGAAGAAGAGACUAGGAAACAAAAGGAGGCAGCCCAGGCAUGA